GAAACUUUUAAAUUGGUGGUCAAUUUAUCUGGCCACUUGGGUCCUGUAAGAACUUGGCCUCCUGCAUUUUUUGUUUGCUGCUCUUUGGAAUAUUAUGAAUUAGUUAGUUAUGGUAGGCUUGGCCUUAAGACAGCUGAGUCUGAAUCUGGCUGAGCAGGAGGUCUCAGCUGGGUCCCAAGAUCCCCAAAGGGCUGUGGUGCUAAAUGUCUGUUUAGCACCAGGAAGUGAAGAGCCAUGUCCCAUGAAACAAGUUUUAAAAUGGCCAAAGAGGGCCAGGGUAAGUUCUGGCUUUGUGUGAGUGAUAGACACAGUGAGAUAGGAAGCAAACAGCUGGAGGUGAAACUAGUAAGCAUAAGGAAGAGGAGGAGAAGGGGAAGGGAGGGAGUACGGGGGGAAGACUGAUGUGGGCACAGAAUAGUAUAUAAGGAGGAUCCUGAGUGAGCCGGGCAGCUAGGGGGAGAACAUGGAUGUGGAGAAAUUCUACAGCACGAGCUGAAUCCUCUCUUGGUCUCUCCCGUGGGUGACUGAUACUCCCUGCUGUCUGGCCACUCCUCCCUCAUGCCGCUUGGACUAGGCCGCCGGAAGAAGGCCCCUCCACUAGUGGAGAAUGAGGAGGCUGAGCCCAUUCGUGGCAGCUUGGGUGGGGUGGAGGUGGGCAGUGGCGGCAGUGUGGCAGCCCUGCAGCCUGGCCUGCCACCGCCUCCUGCCAGCCUCCGCCCUCGACUGGUGUUCCACACUCAGCUGGCCCAUGGCAGCCCCACUGGCAGGAUCGAGGGCUUCACCAAUGUCAAGGAGCUGUACAGCAAAAUUGCAGAGGCUUUCAAGAUCCCGCCAGUUGAGGUGAUGUUUUGCACCUUAAACACCCACAAAGUGGACAUGGACAAGCUGUUGGGUGGCCAGAUCGGUCUGGAGGACUUCAUCUUUGCACACACAAAGGGCCAGAGGAAGGAGGUGGAGAUCUUUAAGUCCGAGGAGGCCCUGGGCCUGACCAUCACUGACAAUGGAGCCGGCUAUGCAUUCAUUAAGAGGAUCAAAGAAGGAAGCGUCAUAGACCGGAUCCAGGUCAUCAAUGUGGGCGACAUGAUUGAGUCCAUCAACGGGCAGAGCCUCAUCGGCUGCCGGCACUACGAGGUUGCCAAGAUGCUCAAGGACCUGCCCAAAGGCCGCACCUUCACGCUGAAGCUAACAGAGCCCCGGAAGGCAUUCGAUAUGAUCAGCCAGCGGGCCGCAGGGGGCAAGCACAACAGUAGCUCCCAGCUGGGCACUGGCAGAGGGACCCUACGGCUGCGGGCCAAGGGACCGGCCACCGUGGAGGAGCAGCUGUCUGCGUUUGAGGAGAGGGCGAUUGAGAAGGUGGACGACCUGCUGGAGAGCUACAUGGGCAUCCGCGACACGGAGCUGGCUGCCACCAUGGUAGAGCUGGGGAAGGACAAGCGGAACCCCGACGAGUUCGCUGAGGCGCUGGAUGAGCGGCUGGGUGACUUCGCCUUCCCCGAUGAGUUCGUCUUUGACGUGUGGGGCGCCAUCGGGGAUGCCAAGGUUGGGCGCUACUAGGACUUGGCGGGCCUGGCCUGCUCUGCCCCCCCUGGAUCUGCUGUGCCCUUGGGCUAGGCAAGGGAGUGUUCUGCCGCUGCCCUCGUGUGGACCGGGGGGAAGGGGAGACGCCACGGGCCCGGCUCUGUGCCUGGCUCCAGCACUGCUCUGGCAAACACUCCAGCUCCGGCUCCUCGCCCCUCCUCUCCACCCAGGGCCCUGUGUGCACCUCUCUAGGGCCAGCCCUUCCUGACUGUACCUGGAGCCGCAUGGGAGCCGGGCUCUGGGCUCUUCUCCUCAAUCCCCCCAGUGCCAGAGGCGGCGGAGGGGCCAGCUGCUGGGCAUUAUGGAGCAAUAAGCUGAGCCAUCGUGUGCCCUUGGGGAAGGCUGCAGGGAGGUGGGACUGGGCAGGCCCUUGGGGGUGCUCCCUCCCCAGUCCCAGGGGGCAGCAGGGGAGUGAGGGGGCCAGGAGCUGGACAGGAUUCCCAACUCCUGCGCUGCUCCCUGGGGUGGAGAUGGGUGGGUGGCCUGGGACCUGCAGGGCCUGGCUCCCUCUUCAGUCAUCAGGGUAACCUCCUGGCCGCUGCUGGGGCAUCCCUCGACUGUACCUCUGCCUGGGCGUAGCCUCCUGCCGGGCACUAACCCCGGUGCCUUUAAACGAACCCCGGUGCCUGUGUUCCACGUGUGGGUGUUUGUGAGCAGAGGCCCCCCACCCCAUACCCCGUAUGGUACACCCACCCCGCUGCCCGUCAGCACCCAUCGAACCACUAACGGGAGCGAGGCCGCUCCGGGCGGGCUGUCACUGGCAGGGUGCCCGUAACAGCCUGCUCGCUCCUCCCCUGGGGCGUUCUGAGCUCGCCCCAGCCCCCCGCCCUGCUGCUCUGUUGGUACUGUGCUGCCCUGUCCCUUCACCUGCGUUAAUCCUUCCUCCUGCCCGGGUGGAGCCCUGAGCUGCGAGGGGCUGGCAGCGUGUGGGGCUGCAGGCAGGCUCCUCGUGUGGGGCUGCAGCCCCGAGCAAUGCUGAGAUCCCUUGUUCCCCUCAAAGGCAGCAUGAGACUGGGAGCUGCUGCUAACUCGGGGGAUGGGAUGGCUCGCUCCCAUCCCCUCAUCCUGCUCCCCCUGUUACCCUCCCUGCCCCCACCCCCUGGGGAAAGGAAUCAACAGCCUGCAGUGCCCCCUGCUGGCAGAGGCCUGGCUGGGGUAUCUGGGAGCUCCCCUAUGGCCAGAGUUCCUGCCCCCUGUUGCACCCCCUGCUGGCAGAACCUCUCUGGUGCGUUCAGGCUCUGUCACAGCUGAGCACCAUUGCCCUGGGACCCCUCCUCCACUGACCUGCUGCCAGAAAGGCUUCUUUGGGGGUGCAGUGGUGCCCUGCCCCACCUUCCACAGAGGAAUAGCCCCAGGCUGGGUCCCGCUCCUUGGGUCUGCUCCCCCCACUGCAGGGAGGGUGGGCCAGGGGCUCAGUCCCCCCUCCAGCCCCAGACCUAUGUGGGGCAGCAGCAUUCCCCUGGAGCAGCUCAGGAAUGACUGGGUGUCUGUUGCUGUGGCUGGAGCCCUGCACGCCCCUGGCUGUGCCGUUCACACCCCACAUCCACAGCAGCUGCUCUCUGCUCCCGGCCCGCAGGCAGCGGGUGAGUGGGACAGGGGCGUAUCCCUUAGCUCUCAGGCAGCCCCCACCCCUACUGCUGGCCCCAGAGCAUCGCAGCCCUGGGGGGUGGUCAGAGGGUUAAAGCCACUUGUCUCCUCUCCUACCUCCUGCUAAAAAUCAUACCAAAUGGUCAGGCCAGUUCUAUUCACAGCCUCCCAGCCACCCCAUUUCCACUCUCCAUUCUCGGGGGGGGGGGGGGUUGAAUUGACUCCCCCCUGGGGCAGGUGCACCAGGCCCUUCAGGUUGUAUACGCCAACGGGGCUUGCGGUGGGUUUUCCAGCUGAUCUGGGUUCCCCCCCCCUCCCCGGACUCAGCCAGGCUCCCCUGCCUGCUUCACGCUGCUCUGACUUCCUGUGUAAAGAGAGUGUCACCCCCUGUUCUGCUGUGGGGGAACAUCCUCCUCCUCCCCCUUUCCCCACCAUGCUGCUGGAGGCCACAGCCCUAGUCCCUGGGCCAAGCCACGGUGCUGGCCCUGAUGUCCCAUCCCUAACGCAGGUGGGUGGGUUAAUCAUCUCUCCUAGCGUCUACACUCUGUGAUGAUUAACUGCCCUGGGGUGGGGGGGUCCCCUCACCAGUCUGAGCCUGUCGUAACACUGUCCCCCACAUCCCCCUCUGCAGUGCCCCAUGUGGGGUUAGGUCUAACCCCUCCCCCUCACUCCUUAUUCUGAGGGAAUCCCCCACUGCACCCAUGGGGGGGGGGGUGAGCUGACACUGCUGCAUGGCUGGGGUCCCCUUGGGCUGGCUUGGAGUUUUUCGAAAUCCUUUUAAAGAAGCCGAAGGAGCUAGUGGCUGGAUCAGGACUCCUGGAUUUUAAUCCCUGGUUCUGGGAGGGGGGGGGGGGGGCGUACGCAUUAGACCAGGGGCGUCAGAGACAGGACUCGUGGUUCUGUUCUCAGCUCUGCUGCCACCUCUCACCCUUGGGCAUCUCCCCUCCCCUCUCUGUCUUGUCUUUAUCUGUUCACUCUGGAUUGGACUGACCUACCUCGCAGGGCGGGCGUGCGGACGCGCAAUGUUUGUAAAGCUCCACGUGCUGCAAUAUUUAUAUCCCCUCCUGGCACUUGUCUCGGGCGGCAGGCUGGGAGCCCCAGGAUUGCUCCCUGUCCCCCAGCUUCUUCAGUCACUCUCCAGCCCUCAGGCACCUACUGUAUCUACGACACUAAGCCCAGCACUGGUGCUUGGGCCUGGGCCCUGGCUCGGAGGGGAGUGGGCGAAGCAAGGGGCUGGGAGGGGGCGGUUACAUUGCGAGGGGUGCCAGGCCCCCAGGGUGGGCAGUGACCCCCUGCUGAGCAGGGCUUGGCCAGGGUUGGGAGUCCCAGAGACCAAGGCCCCUGCACCCCCCCCCUCAUGCUGUGAUGGAAGUGAGCUGUGACCCCCCAAGCCGAACCCUGGUCCCCUGGGAGCUGCUGACGGGGGGCAGAUCCCCCAUCCUCCCAGGCCCUAUUUUUGUAUUUUACCUGUAAAGCAUCUUUAACAUAAAAAUAUAUUGACUCUA